AUGUCAACAAAUAUAGUAACUUUAGCUAAAGCAGAUAAUAACUAUGAUAAUGUGUAUUUUGAUGAAAAUAAUUUAAAAGAAGAAGAAGGAGAAUCAAAUAAAGCUAAGUUAGAUAAUGAAAAUGAUUCUAGUAAUUUUGAAGAAAAGAUACUAGAUGAAUCAGAUAAUAAUAGAUAUAGUGAAUAUA